AUCCAUCAGCCGGCAGCUACUUCCUGUCCCCCCGGCUGCACUAAGUGACUCUGCUCCCGCUCCACAGCGUCGGUGACUUCUCCCAAGCAUGGACCCACUCACAGCCUGGGCCGGGUCCCGGCUCCUCUGGAUCCUGGUGCUGGUGCUGGCCACCCUGCUGGUGUGGUUCUUCUCUUUCUGCUGCUACACGUGGAAGCAGACCUCCUCGGCCUCCAUGGAGCGCUACCUCGCAGUGAUGGUGAAGCGAUCACGAUCAAAAGCUUCCACCCAGAGGAAGAAAAAGCCCAAAGAGAAGCAGCUUGACACCAACCAGCUGAAGGAGGUCACCAACACUAAGGUGGUGAAGGAUGCCAAGGAGAUAAGGAUGGGGGAGGUGAGAGAGACAUAUGUGGUCAAGAAGGAGCAGCAGAAGAAGAAAAAGGAGGAAGUGACCGAAACUAAUGUGGUCAAGAAGCAGCAGCAGAAGAAGGCUGAGGAGACAAAUAUGCUCAAGAAGGAGCAAAAUAAGAAGAAUAAGGAGGAGGAAGUGACCAAAAUUAAUGUGGUCAAGAAGGAGCAGCAGAAGAAGGCUGAGGAAGCGAAGGAGACAAAUAUGCUCAAGGAGCAGCAGAAGAAGAAAGAAGAGGAGGUGACCAAAACUAAUGUGGUCAAGAAGGAGCAGCAGCAGAAGAAGAAGGCUAAGGAGGCGAAGGAGACAAAUAUGCUGAAGAAGGAGCAGCAGAAGAAGAAAGAGGAGGUGACCGAAACUAAUGUGGUCAAGAAGGAGCAGCAGCAGAAGGAGGCGAAGGAGACAAAUAUGCUGAAGAAGGAGCAGCAGAAGAAGAAAGAGGAGGUGACCGAAACUAAUGUGAUCAAGAAGGAGCAGCAGCAGAAGAAGGCUAAAGAGGCAAAGGAGACAAAUAUGCUGAAGAAGGAGCAGCAGAAGAAGAAAGAGGAGGAAGUGACCGAAACUAAUGUGGUCAAGAAGGAGCAGCAGAAGAAGAAGGCUAAGGAGGUGAAUGAGACAAAUAUGCUGAAGAAGGAGCAGCAGAAGAAGAAAGAGGAGGUGACCGAAACUAAUGUGGUCAAGAAGGAGCAGCAGAAGGAGGCGAAUGAGACAAAUAUGCUGAAGAAGGAGCAGCAGAAAAAGAAAGAGGAGGUGACCGAAACUAAUGUGAUCAAGAAGGAGCAGAAAAAGGCUAAGGAGGCAAAGGAGACAAAUAUGCUCCAGAAGGAGCAGAAGAAGAAAGAGGAGGAGGUGACCGAAACUAAUGUGGUCAAGAAGGAGCAGCAGCAGAAGAAGGCGAAGGAGACACAUAUGCUCAAGGAAGAGCAGCAGCAGAAGGAGGCAAAGGGGAGAAAUAUGCUCCAGAAGGAGCAGCAGAAGAAAAAGGAGGAGGAGUUGUCUGAAACUAAUGUGGUCAAGAAGGAGCAGCAGAAGAAGAAGAAGAAAAAGGAGGAGGUGGUGACUGAAACUAAUGUGGUCAAGAAGGAGCAGCAGAAGAAGGCUGAGGAUGGAAAGGAGACCCAUAUGCCCAAGAAGGAGCAGAAGAAGAAGGCUGAGGAGGCGAAGGAGACAAAUAUGCUCAAAAAGGAGCAGCAGAAGAAAAAGGAGGAGGAGGUGUCUGAAACUAAUGUGAUCAAGAAGGAGCAGCAGAAGGCUGAUGAGGGAAAUGAGACAAAUAUGCUGAAGGAGGAGGGCAAAGAGACAUUUGUGGUCAAAAGGAAGAAGAAGAAGAAGACAGAGAAGGUGAAGGAGACAAAUGUGGUCAAGGAAGAGCAGCCGAAAGAAAUCAUGGAGGCAAAUGUGAUCAAGAAGGAGCAGCAGAAGGCUGAUGAGGGAAAUGAGACAAAUAUGCUGAAGGAGGAGGGCAAAGAGAUAUUUGUGGUCAAAGGGAAGAAGAAGAAGAAGAAGACAGAGAGGGUGAAGGAGACAAAUGUGGUCAAGGAAGAGCAGCUGAAAGAAAUCAUGGAGGCAAAUGUGAUCAAGAAGGAGCAGCAGAAGCAAGUCAAGCAGACACAUUUGAUCAAGAAGGAGACAAAUGUGGUCAAGAUGGAAGUGAAGGAGACAAAUGUGAUACAAAAGGAGACAAAUGUGGUCAAGAAGGAGCAGCCGAAGAAGAAAAAGGAGGUGAAUGUGCUCCAGGAGAUCCCGGAGGUGAAGGAGAUGCCGGCCAUAGAACUACAUGAAGCCCCAGAUCCUUCUUUGAGGAGGAGGAGAAGGAGGCGACGCCACAAAGCGGAGAUGGCCAUGGAGCAGGUCCAGGACGAGCCCAGGAGGAAGCCUCUGGUCCGGGCGGCGUCGGAGGAGAGCGCGGCGGACCUGAGCUGGGCGGGGGGGUCGCCGCCCCCCGGGGACACGCUGCCGUGGAACCUGCCCAAGCACCACCGCAUCAAGCGCUCCAAGUCGGCCUCGGGGGAUGUGCUGGACGCGGCCGAGAGGGCCGUCAUCCGGAUCGCAGACGAGCGGGACCGAGUCCAAAAGAAGACCUUCACCAAGUGGGUCAACAAGCACCUGGUGAAGGCCCAGAGACACGUGAGUGAUCUGUACGAGGAUCUUCGAGAUGGACACAACCUCAUCUCACUACUGGAGGUUCUCUCUGGAGAGACGCUGCCGAGGGAGCGUGACCUUGUGAGGAACGUGCGGUUGCCGCGGGAAAAAGGUCGCAUGCGCUUCCACAAGCUCCAGAAUGUUCAGAUCGCGCUGGACUUCCUCAAGCACAGACAGGUCAAGCUGGUCAACAUCAGGAAUGAUGACAUCGCCGAUGGAAACCCCAAGUUGACCCUGGGCCUCAUAUGGACCAUCAUCCUUCACUUCCAGAUCUCCGACAUCCAAGUCAACGGCCAGUCGGACGACAUGACGGCCAAAGAGCGCCUGCUGCUGUGGUCCCAGAGGAUGGUGGAGGGAUACCCGGGUCUGCGCUGCGACAACUUCACCAGCAACUGGCGAGACGGCAAGCUCUUCAACGCCAUCAUACACAAACACAGACCGGGCCUGGUGGACCUGGACCAGGUGGGCCGGCAGAGCAACCAGAAGAACCUGGAACAGGCCUUCAGCGUGGCGGAGCGGGAGCUGGGUGUGACCAGGCUGCUGGACCCAGAAGACGUGGACGUGCCUCACCCUGACGAGAAGUCCAUCAUCACCUACGUGUCCUCGCUCUAUGAUGUCAUGCCUCGGGUUCCCGCCGCUCAGGACGCCGUCAAAGCCAACGAGCUGGAGCUGCGCUGGCAGGAGUACUACGAGCUGGUCACCAUGCUCCUGCAGUGGAUGCGACACCACAUCCUGGUCUUCGAGGAGCGCAAGUUCCCCAGCAGCUACGAGGAGAUCGAGGUUCUCUGGCGGCAGUUCCUGAAGUUCAAGGAGACGGAGCUCCCCGCCAAGGAGGCGGACAAGAACCGCUCCAAGCACAUCUUCAAGUCCUUCGAGGGCGCGGUCCAAGCGGGACACGUCAAGGUGCCGCCGGGCCACCACCCGCUGGACGUGGAGAAGGAGUGGGGUCGGCUGCACGUGGCCAUCUUGGAGCGCGAGCGGCUCCUGAGGACGGAGUUUGAGAGGCUGGAGCGCCUCCAGAGGAUCGUGGGCAAGGUCCAGACCGAGUCGGGGGUGUGCGAGGAGCAGCUCAACCAGGCGGAGACGCUGCUGCAGACGGACGUGCGGAUGCUAAACGCGGGCAAGCCCCUGCAGCACACGGCCGAGGUGGAGGCGGAUCUGGAAAAGGCGGAGGGGAUGAUUCGCUUCCUCUUCAACGACGUUCAGACGCUGAAGGACGGGCGCCACCUUCAGGCCGAGCAGAUGUACCGCAGGGUGUAUCAUCUCCACGAGAGGCUGGUGAACCUCCGCAGCGAGUACAACCUGCGCCUCAAGUCGGGCGUGACCAUGGCGCAGAUCCCCAUGACCCAGAUCCCCAUGACCCUUGUCAACCAGGCCCACGUCCUGCAGCAGGCCCCCGUGCGGCUGCGGCCCGAGCUGGACGAGGUCACGCUGCGCUACGUGCAGGACCUGCUGGGCUGGGUGGAGGAGAACCAGCGGCGGGUGGACCAGGGCGAAUGGGGCUCCGACCUGCCCACCGUGGAGUCCCAGCUGGGCAACCACCGCGGACUGCACCUGUCCGUGGAGGAGUUCCGGUCUAAGAUCGAACGGGCCAAGGCGGAUGAGAGUCAGAUCUCACCUGCGAGUAAGGCCGCCUACCGCGACUACCUGAGCCAACUGGAACUUCAGUACGGGAAGCUUCUGAACGCCUCUAAGGCCCGCCUUCGCUACCUGGACCAGCUCCACGCCUUCGUCACCGCCGCCACCAAGGAGCUGAUGUGGCUCAACGAGAAGGAGGAAGAGGAGGUCAACUACGACUGGAGCGAGCGCAACACCAACAUGGCGGCCAAGAAGGACAACUACUCGGGUCUAAUGAGGGAGCUGGAGGUGCGGGAGAAGAAGACAAACGGCGUCCAGGUGUCGGGAGACAAGCUGCUGAAAGACGGACACCCCGCCAGGAAGACCAUAGAGGCUUUCACCGCCGCUCUGCAGACUCAGUGGAGUUGGAUGCUUCAGCUGUGCUGCUGCAUCGAGAGUCACCUGAAGGAGAACACCGCCUACUUCCAGUUUUUUGCUGACGUGAAAGAGGCGGAGAACAAGCUGAAGAAGAUGCAGGACGCCAUGAAGAGGAAGUACACGUGCGAGCGCACCACCACCGUCACCCGGCUGGAGGACCUCCUACAGGACGCCGCCGACGAGAAGGAGCAGCUGGGCGAGUUCAGGACUCACCUGGAGGGCCUGAAGCGCCGCGCCAAGACGGUGGUGCAGCUGAAGCCGCGCAACCCCGCCACCGCCAUCAAGAGCAAACUGCCCAUCCAGGCGGCGUGCGACUUCAAGCAGAUGGAGAUCACCGUCCACCGAGGCGACGAGUGCGCCCUGCUCAACAACUCUCAGCCGUUCAAGUGGAAGGUGCUCAACCGCGAGGGGAGCGAGGCGUCGGUGCCGUCCGUCUGCUUCCUGGUCACGCCCACCAACAAGGACGCCGUCAACAGCGUCGCCGGACUGGAGGGCAACCUGCAGAAGCUGCAGACCACGUGGCAGACCUUGUUUGUGGACCUCAGGAGCCUCCUGUCCUGGCAGUACCUCAUGAGGGACAUCCACAUCAUCAACACCUGGAACGUCUCUAUGUUCAAGACCCUGACGGUGGAGGAGUACCGGCUGGCCCUGAGGAACCUGGAGCUGCACUACCAGGACUUCCUGAGGGACAGCCAGGACUCGCAGACGUUUGGAGCCGAGGACCGCAUGCAGGUGGAGUCCAGCUACAACAAGUCCAACCAGCACUACAACACGCUGGUCAGCACCGCCGAACAAGGCUACGUGCCGCCCAAGACAGGUAAGCCGCCUCCAUCCGUGCCCGCGUGUCCUCGUUUUCUCCACUGUGUCCCACAGUCCCAGUCUGUCUUCCCGUCUCAACUCAGACCCAAAUCCACAAUGCCACCCAAAUCCACAAUGGCGUUAUUUACUUUUAUUGCUGGCCUUAUUAUGCACCAAUGGCAGUUACGCAGAGCGGGGUUGUGUUCACGACCCCUCGGAAUUAUGAGUAUCAACAAGCAAGUAGUUUCUUGUACGUUCUGUUUUGCUGCAAAAAUUAUAAUGACGGGCAUGUUUAAAUCCGCUGAUUCCCUUUCAAUCCGGAGUCAAACUGGCUUUCAUGAGACGUUAAAACCUCCUUUUCUUCUGGCGGGAGCAGGUGAGCGAGACGAGUCGCUGAGCAGGACUCACCUGAACCAGCUCAAAGACCUGCGCCUGAGGCUGGAGGGCUGCGAGAAUCGAACGGUGACUCGCCUGCGCCAGCUCGCCGACAAGGAGCCGCUGAGAGCCUGCGCCCUGAAGACCAGCGAGCAGAUGAAGGUCCAGUCUGAGCUGGAAGGCCUGAGGAAAGAACUGAGCGCCAUCGCCGACAAGACCGAGGAGGUUCUGGCGUCCCCGCAGCCGUCUAGCUCCGCCCCCUUGCUGCGCUCCGAGCUGGAGGCCACCAAGAAGAAGAUGGACCACGUCUACGGGCUGUCGUCCGUCUACCUGGACAAGCUGAAGGCCAUGGAGGUGGUCAUCAGGAGCAGCAAGGACGCCGAGGAGACGCUGCAGAGCUACGAGUCUCGUCUGCUGGACGUCCACAAAGUGCCGGCGGAUGAGAAGGAGGCGGACUCCCAAGACGGCCAGAUUAAAAAAAUGCAAAACGAAGCGAAGGCGGACCAGAUGGUGUUCGACCGGCUGCAGGACGAGCUCAAGAGGGCGGCGGGCGUCCACGACAAGAUGACGCGGCUCCACAGCGAGCGCGACGCCGAGCUGGAGCGCCAGCGCCACCUGGUGGGCGGCCUGCAGGAGCGCUGGCUGGCGGUGCUGGCCCAGCUGGAGAUCCGGCAGCAGGAGCUGGAGCUGCUCCGCCGCCGCAUGGCGUCGUACCGCGACAGCUACGAGUGGCUCACGCGCUGGCUGGCCGAGGCCCGCCGGCGCCAGGAGGCCAUCCAGGCGGCACCCGUCGGAGACGGGGCGGCGCUGAAGGAGCAGCUGGCGGAGGAGAAGAAACUUCUAGACGAGGUGGAGAAGAACGAGGACAAGAUGAACAAGUGCCAGAAAAACGCCACGGACUACAUCGACUCCAUCAAGGACUACGAGCUCCAGAUUCUGACCUACAGGGCCCUGCGGGACCCGCUCGCCUCGCCCGUCAAGAAAGCCAAAAUGGAGUGUGCGUCGGACGACGUCAUCCAAGAGUUUGUCACUCUGAGGACUCGCUACAGCGAGCUGAUGACGCUCGUCAGCCAGUACGUCAAGUUCAUCGCCGACGCACGGCGCCGCCUGGAGGAUGACGAGAAAGCGUCCGAAAAGCUGAAAGAAGAAGAAAGGAAGAGGUUGGCGGCGAUCCAGGCCGAGUUAGACAAACAAAGGCAGCUGGCUGAGGUCCACGCUCAGUCUGUGGCAAAGGCCGAACAGGAAGCCCAAACACUUAAGCUGAAGAUGAAAGAGGAGGCCAGCAAGAGACAAGAUGUUGCAGUGGAUGCCGAUAAGCAGAAGCAGAACAUCCAACAGGAGCUGAGCCACCUGAAAAAUCUGUCGGAGCAAGAGAUCAAGUCCAAGAACCAGCAGCUAGAGGAGGCUUUGAGCAGCCGCACCAGGAUCGAGGAGGAGAUCCACAUAAUUCGCCUUCAGUUGGAGACAACGAUCAAGCAGAAGAGCACCGCUGAUGGCGAGCUACAGCAGCUCCGAGACCGAGCCGGUGAGGCCGAGAAGCUCCGCAAAGCUGCUCAGGAAGAGGCCGAGAGGCUUCGCAAGCAGGUGGCCGAAGAGACGCAGAAAAAAAAGAAUGCAGAAGACGAGCUGAAGCGCAAAUCUGAGGCGGAAAAAGAGGCUGCCAAGCAGAAGCAGAAAGCCCUGGAGGACCUGCAGAAAUUCAAGAUGCAGGCAGAAGAGGCAGAGAGGCGUAUGAAACAGGCAGAGGAGGAGAAACUCAGGCAGGUCAAGGUGGUGGAGGAGGUGGCAUUGAAGAGUGCCUCUGCACAGUUGCAGAGCACCUCUAAAACGUUCACUGAAAGGGCGACUAAAUUGGAGGAAUCUCUCAAAAAGGAGCAGGGCACAGUUCUACAGCUGCAAGAGGAAGCGGAGAAACUCAGGAAACAACAAGAGGAAGCCAGCAAAGCUCGCGAGCAAGCAGAGAAAGAGCUGGAAACAUGGAGACAGAAGGCCAACGAGGCUCUCCGUUUAAGGCUGCAAGCCGAGGAAGAAGCCCAAAGGAAAAGUCAAGCUCAGGAUGAGGCAGAGAGGCAGAAGGUGGAUGCAGAGCGGGACGCCAAGAAAAGAGCAAAGGCCGAAGAAGCUGCCCUCAAACAGAAGGAGAAUGCAGAGAAGGAGCUGGACAAACAGAGGACUUUUGCAGAGCAGAUAGCGCAGCAGAAGCUGUCAGCCGAACAAGAAUGCAUUCGCCUGAAGGCCGACUUUGAACAUGCUGAACAACAGAGGAGCCUUCUAGACAAAGAGCUCCAGCGUCUGAAAAACGAGGUGAACGCCACUGAAGUGGAGAGGAAAAAACUGGAGGAGGAGCUGGCAAAGGUUAGGAGUGAAAUGGACGCACUUCUCCGAAUGAAGAACAAAGCGGAGAAAGAGACGAUGUCAAACACGGAGAAGAGCAAGCAGCUUCUGGAGUCCGAGGCACUGAAAAUGAAGCAGUUUGCAGACGAAGCAGCCAGGCUGAGGUCUGUGGCAGAGGAGGCCAAGAAGCAGAGGCAGAUUGCUGAGGAGGAGGCGGCCAAACAACGCGCUGAAGCCGAGAAAAUUCUCAAAGAGAAACUGGCCGCCAUCAACGAGGCGACGCGUCUCAAGACGGAGGCUGAGAUUGCGCUGAAGGCCAAAGAGGCCGAGAAUGAACGACUGAAAAGAAAAGCUGAGGAUGAAGCGUAUCAAAGGAAGCUACUUGAGGACCAGGCGACUCAGCAUAAACAAGACAUUGCAGAGAAGAUCGAGCAUCUAAAGAGCUCGUCUGACUCUGAACUAGAACGACAAAAGACAAUCGUGGAAGACACCAUCAGACAAAGGAAAGUUGUGGAAGAGGAAAUUCAUUUAAUCAAAAUCCACUUUGAGAAGGCUUCAAAAGACAAAUCAGACUUAGAGAACGAAUUAAAGAAACUAAAGGAGAUCGCGGAUGAGACGCAGAAGAGCAAACUCAAAGCUGAGAAGGAAGCCAAGACAUUGAAACAACUUGCUGCAGAGGAGGAGAAGAAGAGGAAAGAAGCUGAGGAGAAGGUAAAGCGGAUCACGGCAGCGGAAGAAGAGGCAGCUCGACAAUGCAAAGCUGCUCAAGAGGAGGUGGAACGCUUGAAAAAGAAACAAGCAGAAGCAAAUACACAGAGAGAGAAGGCUGAGAAAGAAGCAGAGCAGCAGGUGGUUUUAGCGAAAGAUGCUGCUCAGAAAUGCAUGGCAGCCGAACAAAAAGUUCAAAAGGUUCUGAGCAAGAAUGAGGCGGACGCUCUCGCUCAGGAGAAGUUGAAGGAGGAGUUUGAGAAUGCUAAGAAACUUGCUCAGGAAGCUCAAAAGGCUAAGAAGAAAGCUGAGAAAGAAGCCGGGCUGCUCCGCCAGAAAGCAGAGGAUGCAGAAAAACAGAAAAAAGCUGCGGAGGAUGAAGCCGCCAAGCAGGCCAAAGCUCAGAAAGAUGCAGAGAAACUGAGGAAAGAAGCAGAGGUGGAGGCCAGCAAGCGAGCGGAAGCCGAAGGCGCCGCUCUGAAGCAAAAGCAGCAGGCUGACGCUGAGAUGGCCAAACACAAGAAAGAGGCCGAGCAAGCCCUCAAGCAGAAAUCUCAAGUGGAGAAAGAACUGACAACAAUCAAACUGCAGCUAGAUAAAACCGACAAGCAGAAGUCUGUUUUGGAUCAGGAGCUCCAGCGGGUUAAGGGCGAAGUCAAUGACGCGGUCAAACAAAAGGCUCAGGUGGAAGACGAACUCUCCAAAGUUAGGAUUCAAAUGGAGGAGCUGCUUCAACUUAAAAUCAAAAUUGAGAUUGAGAACAAGCGUCUAAUGAAAAAAGACAAAGAUAAUUCAAAGAAGUUACUCGCAGAUGAAGCUGAGAGGAUGAAGACGUUGGCGGAGGACGCAACCCGGCUUAGCGCUGAGGCCGAAGAAGCAGCCAAACAGAGACAGAUCGCAGAGUCGGAUUUGGUUGAACAGAGAGCACUUGCAGAGAAAAUGCUUAAGGAGAAGCUGCAGGCCAUUCAGGAGGCUACAAAACUUAAGGCUGAGGCCGAGGAGCUCCAGAGGCAGAAGGACCAGGCACAGGAAAGGGCCAAAAAGCUCCUGGAGGACAAAGAGCAGAUCCAGCAGCGGCUUGACAAGGAGACAGAAGGCUUCCAAAAGUCCCUUGAAGCUGAGCGAAAGAGAAAACAAGAGGCUUCAGCCGAGGCGGAAAAACUGAAACUGAAGGUGAAAGAGCUCAGCGAUGCUCAAGCAAAAGCCAAUGAGGAGGCAAAGAAGUUCAGGAAGCAGGCGGAUGAGGCCAAAGCUCUUCUUCAGGAAACGGAACAAAAAACCACAGCGACUGUCGUGCAGAAGCUGAAGAGUCAGGAGCUGCAAAGCACGAGAGAAGCUGACGAACUCAAGCAAGCAAUUGCUGCACUUGAAAAGGAGAGGGAAAAGCUGAAAAAAGAUUCAGAGACGCUUCAGAAAAAAUCCAAAGAGAUGGCCCUUGCCCAACAAGAGCAGAUUGAGCAGGAGAAGGCCCUACUUCAGCAGACUUUCCUAACUGAGAAGGAGCUGCUGUUGAAAAGAGAAAGGGAGGUUGAAGGCGAGAAAAAGAAGCUGGAGAAACAGUUUGAGGAUGAAGUGAGCAAGGCGAAAGCCCUCAAAGAGGAGCAGGAACGUCAGCAAAAGAUGAUAGAGGAAGAAAAGAAAAAGCUCCAGGCCAUCAUGGAUGAUGCUUUACGGAAGCAAAAGGAGGCUGAGGCUGAGAUGAAAAGGAAGCAGAAGGAAAUGGAGGUGCUUGAAAAGAAAAGGAAUGAGCAGGAAAAACUCUUGGGAGAGGAGAACAAAAAGCUCAGAGAGAAACUCAACAGCCUUGAGGUCGCGUCCAAAGAAAGUCCAUCAAAAACAAAAGAAAUUGAGGUCCAGACUGACAAGGGUGCCGGGGAGCAGUUAGUCGCUGCGACAUCUGCGAUAACAACAAAUAAUGCGUACAAUGGCUCUGGUGAGGUUGAUAGUGUGAAAGAGUCUCCUUGGGCCUUUGACGGAAUAAGAGCGAAAGUUCCUGCUGAGAGGCUCUUUGACGUUGGCAUUCUGACAAAAAAAGAAUUUGACAAACUUAAAAAGGGGAAAGUCUCUGUGCAAGACCUUGCCAAGACAGACAAGAUGCAGUCAUGCCUUAAAGGUCAGAGCGCUGUUGGUGGAAUUUUGACUCCAUCUAAAGAGAAAAUGAGUGUUUAUCAGGCCCUUAAAGAAAACAAGAUAACACCCAACACUGCUAAAAUGCUGUUGGAAGCUCAAGCAGCUUCUGGUUACCUUGUAGAUCCCCUCAAUAACAGACUCCUCUCUGUAGACGCGGCUGUUAAGGAGGAGUUGAUUGGCCCUGAACUCCAUGACAAAAUGCUCUCUGCAGAGAAAGCAGCCACUGGUUUCAAAGACCCUUACACCGGUGACAAAAUCUCCCUUUUUGAGGCCAUGAAAAAGGGACUCAUUGAGAAGGAACAGGCCAACAGAUUCUUAGAUGUCCAACUUGCAACUGGUGGCAUUGUUGACCCCGUUAAUUGUCACAGAGUAGCACUGCAGACCGCCUACAAGCAAGGGCAGUUUGACGCUGACACAAAUAAACAACUCGCAGACUGCAAGUUGUUUAUGGACCCCAGCACCCAGGAGCCCCUCACCUACAAGAAGCUAUUGGAGAGGUGCACCAAGGAUGCAGCCUCAGGCCUGAUGAUUCUACCCGUGACAGAGGAUGCUGCCCAAAGCGACAGAACAUAUACUGACGCAGAGAUGAAAGAAGUGUUCAGUAAAUCAAGCGUCAAUGUACCUUUUGGCAGAUUCAAAGGGAAGACUGUCACCAUUUGGGAGGUUAUCAACUCAGAGUACUUUACAGAAGAGCAAAGACGAGAGCUGAUUCGCCAGUACAAGACGGGCAAAAUCACAGUGGAGAAGAUCAUCAAAAUUGUCAUCACUGUGGUGGAGGACAAGGAAAAGAGCAAUGAAAAUGUGUUGAACGGGUUGAGGGCUCCAGUUCCGGCCAGUGAGCUGUUGGACACAAAGGUUAUCAGCAAAGACGUAUUCAACAAAUUAAGUAAUGGCAAGAUAACAGUCAAAGAGAUCUCUGAGAUGGAGCCUGUGAAGAAAGCACUCCAAGGAACUCCAAGCAUCGCCGGCCUGUUUUACGAACAAACCAAAGAGAAAAUGGCUUUCUAUCAAGCGAUGAAGAAAGAACUAAUCUCGCCUGAGACCGCCAUUCAUUUACUUGAGGCUCAAGCAGCUACUGGUUUCAUCAUUGAUCCUAUCAAGAAUGAGAGGGUCCCUGUCGAUGAAGCGGUCAAGUCGGGCUUGGUCGGCCCAGAACUCCAUGAGAGGCUGCUGUCUGCUGAGAGAGCUGUCAGUGGCUACAAAGAUCCUUAUUCCGGGAAAACAGUUUCUCUGUUUGAAGCCAUGAACAAAGGUCUGAUCAAAAGAGACCAAGGCGUCCGCUUGCUAGAAGCACAGCUCUCGACCGGAGGAGUUAUUGACCCCGUUAAAAGCUAUCGUGUACCACAUGAGGUUGCCUGCAAACGUGGCUAUUUAGAUGAGGAAACCAACAAGAUUUUGAGCAAGACUGUUGAUGAAACAAAAGUAUUUUAUGAUCCAAACACAGAGGAGGAUGCAACCUAUGUGCAGUUAAUGAAGAAAUGUGUGUCUGACAAUGACACUGGACUUCCUUUGCUGCCUCUAUCAAAGACGGCUGCAAAGCCCAAAGAAGAUCUACAUAUAACCGAGGCCAAAACAAAAGAGGCCUUGACUCAGAACGCGGUGGAGCUGGGAUACGGGCCUUUCAAGGGGAAAAAGGUCACAAUUUGGGAAAUUAUCAACUCUCACUACAUCACGGAGGAGAAAAGAAUUGAGCUGAUUCGUCAGUACAGAACAGGCCAUGUGACAAUAGAGAAGUUAAUAAAGGUGGUGAUGGUAAUGGUUGAGGAACAAGAAGCGCAAACAAAAGACAAGGCCUGUUUUGAAGGUCUCAGGGAACCCGUCACUGCCAGGUCGUUGAUGGACGCCAACAUCAUUGAUAAGGCUACAUUCACAGAGCUCCAACAAGGCACAAAAACUCCUCAAGAAGUGAGUGAGUAUGAUGUGGUCAGAAAGUAUUUGCAAGGCACGGAGCGCAUCGACGCCAUUGCAAUGGAAGGAACAAAUGAAAAGUUGAGCAUAUAUCAGGCAAUGAAAAAUAACAUUUUGCAGCCAAACACUGGGCUUGCGCUCCUUGAAGCCCAAGCCGGAACUGGUUCCAUAACAGAUCCUGUCAAAAAUAUGAAAUAUUCUGUGAAUGAUGCUGUGAAGGCAGGAACUGUAGGCCCAGAGCUUCAUGAGAAACUUCUGUCUGCUGAAAAAGCAGUGACGGGAUACAAAGAUCCAUAUACUGGCAAUAAGAUAUCUCUGUUCCAAGCUCUGAAGAAAGAGCUAGUCCUGCGGGAGCAUGCUAUUCCACUCCUGGAGGCUCAGCUUCAUUCAGGAGGCAUCAUUGAUCCAGUAAGUAGCCACCGCGUUCCCACCGAUGUCGCUAUUCAACGUGGCUUCUUAAGCAAACAAAUGGCCACUUCUUUAGAUGAACCCUCUGGCGAUGUUCAAUGCUUCACCAAUCCCAACAAUAAUGAAAGUGUUACUUACAAGCAUUUGAUGGAGAAAUGCGUUAAAGAUCCAAAGUCUGGUCUGUUCUACCUGCCAAUGUCAAAGGCUGAAACGGUCGCUCCUGUCGAGAAGUCCUAUCAGUGCACAGAGGAGCAAGCCCAGGCGGCUCUUAGUAAAGCUCAAAUUGAGAUCCCACACAAGAGCUUUGAAGGGAAGAGCAUGACCAUCUGGGAAAUCAUGAAUUCGAACAUGCUUCCAGAGGAGGAAAGGCACCGCCUGCUGGAGCAGUAUCGCUUGGGGAGAAUCACAAAGGAUAGAAUGCUUGUCAUUAUAAUUGAAAUUAUCGAACAAAGGGAGUCUGAAAAGGCUGAGCAGGGCAUGUCAUGUGAUGUGAUCAGAAGGAGAAUCACAAUUGAGGAGCUUUACAGCGCUCGAAUUAUUGACUUGCAAACGUACAAUCUCUUGAAACAGGAAAAAAUGACUAUUAGCGAGAUCAUGGAAAUGCCAUCGGUGAAACAGUAUCUCUUUGGCACUGGUUGUAUUGCCGGCAUUAUGUCAGACAGUCCCGCCAAGAUCAGCAUUUAUCAAGCCAUGAAAGAUGGAAAGAUUAAGCCGGUAGUUGCGCUAACUCUCCUUGAGGCCCAAGCGGCAACCGGAUUCAUUAUAGAUCCAGUCAAAGAUGAACUUCUGACAGUGGAUGAAGCUGUGCGCAAGGGGCUGGUGGGGCCUGAACUUCACGACAAACUUCUCUCAGCUGAGAGAUCAGUGACCGGCUACAAGGAUCCAUACAGUGGAAAACUGAUUUCUCUUUUCCAGGCAAUGAAAAAGGAUUUGAUUCCAGAGGAUUAUGCUUUGAGGCUCUUGGAAGCCCAGAAUGCCACUGGGGGGUUAAUGGACCCAGAAUACUACUUCCGCCUCCCCUCAGAUGUUGCUAUGCAGCGUGGAUACAUCAAUAAGGAGACAUUGGACAGAAUAUCUGAGCCUGCGGGUGAUGUGCAAGGUUACAUUGACCCAACAACAGAUGAGGACUUGACCUAUGCUCAGCUGCUGAAAAGAUGCCGAAUUGACAAAAAGAGUGGGUUGAGGCUUCUGUCAUUGGCGGACAGAAAUCUUCUCUUUCCGGGUAUCAGAAAACAAAUUACAGUGGAUGAGCUGCUUCGUUCUCAGAUUAUUGACCAAAAGACGUACAACGGCCUCACAGAGGGCACAAUCUCUCCAGAGGAAGUUAGUAGAGACAUUAAGAAAUACCUCCAGGGUACCAGCUGCAUUGCUGGCGUGUUUGUAGAAUCCAGCAAAGACCGCCUGUCCAUCUACCAAGCAAUGAAAAAGAACAUGAUCAGACCAGGAACUGCUUUUGAGCUCCUUGAGGCCCAAGCCGCGACAGGGUACGUAAUUGACCCGAUCAAAAACCUCAAACUAAAUGUCAACGAGGCAGUCAAGAUGGGUGUUGUCGGCCCAGAGUUUAAAGAUAAGCUGCUGUCAGCGGAGAGAGCAGUCACAGGCUACAAGGAUCCCUAUUCCGGCAAGGUCAUCUCACUGUUUCAGGCUAUGAAGAAGGACCUGAUAUUGAAGGACCAUGGCAUCCGCCUGCUCGAGGCUCAGAUCGCAACAGGUGGAAUCAUUGACCCGCAAGAGAGCCAUCGCUUGCCAGUGGAAGCAGCGUAUGAACGCGGCCUCUUUGACCAGGAAAUGAACGAGAUCCUCACUGACCCGUCCGAUGAUACCAAAGGCUUCUUUGACCCCAACACGGAGGAAAACCUCACCUACCUUCAGCUGAUAGAGAGAUGUAUGAUAGACCAACAAACAGGGCUCGCUCUUCUGCUGCUGAAGGAAAAGAAGCGAGAGAGGAAGACGUCAUCCAAGUCAUCUGUUCGUAAACGUAGAGUCGUUAUUGUAGAUCCAGAGACAGGCAAAGAGAUGUCGGUAUAUGAAGCCUACCAGAAAGGCCUCAUUGAUCACCAGACUUACUUAGAGCUGGCAGAGCAGGAAUGUGAGUGGGAGGAAAUUACCAGCACCUCAUCUGAUGGAGUUGUAAAAUCUAAGAUUAUCGACAGACGGUCCGGUCGACAGUACGAUAUCGAUGAUGCAAUCUCGAGUGGCCUGAUUGAAAGGUCAGCUCUGGAUCAGUAUCGGUCUGGAACUCUGUCUAUUACGGAAUUUGCAGACAUGCUGUCAGGAAACUCCAGUGGCGUUAGAUCACGGUCAUCCUCCUUUGGUUCUUCGUCUUCUUACGCCAUGAGUCCGGCGCCUAGCAUAAAAACAUCAGCUGCCCCGUGGAAUGACCCAACCGAGGAAAGUGGCCCUGUGGCUGGAAUCUUGGACACAGAAACACUGGAGAAGGUGUCUGUAACAGAGGCCAUUCACAGAAAUCUUGUCGACAAUAUAACCGGUCAAAGGCUGCUGGAAGCUCAGGCUUGCACUGGAGGCAUCAUUGACCCAAACACUGGAGAGAAGUUCUCUAUUACAGAUGCAAUGAACAAAGGGCUCGUAGAUAAAAUCAUGGUGGACCGCAUCAGUCUUGCACAGAAGGCCUGCGGUGGAUUUGAGGAUCCUCGAACCAAAAUCAAAAUGUCAGCUGCCCAAGCUCUGAAGAAAGGUUGGUUGUACUACGAGGCAGGCCAGCGCUUCCUGGAAGUCCAGUACCUCACUGGUGGUUUAAUAGAACCGGACGUCACCAACAGAGUCUCAUUGGAUGAAGCCUUGAAAAAAGGCACCUUAGAUGCCCGCACUGCACAGAAGUUGCGAGAUGUCAACACUCAUUCAAAAUACCUCACAUGCCCAAAAACAAAACUUAAAAUUUCCUACAAGGACGCGCUGGAUAGAAGCAUGACAGAGGAGGGAACCGGCCUCAGACUCCUUGAAGCCUCAUCCCAGUCCAGCAAAGGCCUUUACAGUCCCUACAGCGUUAGCGGCUCUGGCUCUGCUACUGGAUCACGCUCAGGCUCACGGUCGGGGUCUAGAAGAGGAAGCUUUGAUGCCACAGGUUCCAGUUUCACCACAACCUUCUCCUCCACGUCGUACAGUUCGCCGGGCUACGGCCGCCGAUACGUUCAGAUCAGCGAGACUGUUCCUCCCAAUCACGCCAGUCCAAGUAUCACAGUCAUUGCCCACGUGCAUGUUGAAGUCCCCCAGGAAGACUAUGGAAUCCCCUGCCGGCACCCCAUACAGGACCCGCAAAAACAACAUGCACCCGACCCCACUGGUUCCGACCGCGGGUGGUGGGCCCACGUGGCGGAGAGGAUGGUGUGUCCACGUAGCUUCUUCGGGUUGUGCCCGGCCGGGGCCACCAGGCGCUCGCUGACGAGCCCUGCCUCCAGGCCUAGCUCCGGAGGAGGACCCUGGGCUUCCUUCGGGCCAGUUAACUCAGGUUCUGUUACACAGGUGUAUUCGACCAAGAUGGGGCCCAUUAAUCAAAACACUGAGAUGAAACAAAACGGCCACUCUAAAUCUUAUGGCCCCGUGACAGGCGUUUAUCUGGAGGCAACCAAGGAGAAGAUCACCAUAUACCAAGCCAUGAAAAAACGCCUGCUCAAACCAGGAACGGCGUUGGCCCUGCUUGAAGCACAAGCCGCCACGGUGGGCAUCGUGGACCCGGUUAACAAUCGAACACUUCCUGUGGCCGAUGCUGUCAAAGAGGAGCUAAUUGGACCCGAGAUGAAGGAGAAGCUCCUUAUGGCGGAAAAAGCUGUCACUGGCUACGUGGAUCCCUACACUAACGGAACCAUAUCUUUGUUCCAAGCUAUGCAGAAAGAUUUAGUUCCAAGAGAUCAUGGCUUGAGGCUCCUGGAAGCACAGGUAUCCACUCACGGCCCGUUUGAUCCCAUUCUGAAGACACAUAUUACUGUUGACUCGGCCAUUCAGAAAGGUUACUAUGAAAAAGGUCUGCUGGACGACCAGAUGGCAGAGUUAAAGGUGUUCUACAAUCCAAGUACACAAGAACAUGUGAGCUACACAAAGAUCUUGGAGAAAUGCAUUGUUGAACCUGAGACGGGCAUGCUCCUUCUACCUGUCUUCAUCAUUUUUAAAGGUCUGAGACAAGGCAUUUCCUCCGCAAAACUUCUUGAGUCCAAUAUCAUCGACAAAGACAUUUAUGAUGACCUGCAGAAGGGGAAGACCACAACCCAAGAAGUGAUGCUGAUAGAGGCGGUGAGGGAAUACCUUGAAGGUAAAGGAAGCAUUGCAGGCAUCGCACUACUUUCCACCGGUCAGAGGAUGAGCAUUUAUGAAGCAAUGAAGAAACGCAUACUGAUGCCUGGAACAGCACUGGUUCUACUGGAGGCACAGGCUUCAACUGGAUUCCUGACUGAUCCUAUCGAAAAUAAAAAAUUCACAGUGGCACAGGCUGUAAAGAACAAACUUGUGGGUCCAGAACAUUACGCUAAACUCCUCUCCGCUGAACGAGCGGUAACCGGAUACAAAGACCCGUACACAGGCGAAACCAUUUCCCUGUUUCAAGCGCUUUCAAAAGAUCUCAUCGUUAAGACACACGGGAUCCGCCUACUUGAGGCGCAAAUCGCCACCGGUGGAAUUAUUGACCCUAUUAACAGCCACAGACUUCCCACAGAGGUGGCCUUUAAAAGAGGCUAUUUCGAUGAAGAAAUGAAGGCCAUACUUGAGGAUUCCGGAGACGACACCAAGGGAUUCUUUGAUCCAAACACAGAGGAGAACCUAACUUAUCUGCAGCUGAUAGAGAGGUGUGUCAUUGAUCCUGUCACUGGACUGUGUCUCUUACCAAUCCGCGGCAGGUCUGACGCACUGAAUUUCAGCUUCAUUGACUACCAAACAAAGAUGGUCUUGAAAAAGAAAAAGGUGAGCGUGACAUGUGGCAAGUACAUGGGAAUGACCGUAUCACUCUGGGAACUGCUGAUGUCAGAAUACUUAAAUGAAGAGCAGAGGAAAGACAUCAUAUGGAAGUACGUACAGAAGAAGCUCACUAUCGAGACGAUUGUCACAACUGUUCUGGAAAUCAUAGAGACGUCUGUAAAAACAACUAAGGUUUUCUUUGAAGGAAUUAGGGAAACUGUCACUGCUAAACAGCUGGUCGAGGCUGAAAUCAUUAGCGAGGAUGUCCUUGAUGACCUGAAAAAAGGAAAGAAGUCUGUCAAGGAAGUCAUAGAAGACCAAAACAUAAGUGUGUACCUUCAGGGGAAAGACAGCAUUGCAGGUGUUCUUCUUCCUGACUCCCAAAUUCUGACUAUUUACCAGGCCAAGCAAAAGAGGAAAUUGAUGCCUGGAACAGCUCUGGUUUUACUUGAGGCACAAGCAGCAACAGGGUUCCUUAUUGAUCCCAUUGGAAACAGAAAGUUUUCCGUUGAUGAUGCAGUCAAAGCUAAGGUUGUCGGUGCUGAUGUGUGCCAAAAAUUACGCUCUGCAGAGAAGGCAGUGACAGGCUACAAAGACCCGUGCGAUGGCAAAACAAUCUCUUUGUUCCAAGCCAUGCAAAAAGGCCUUAUCCUACAAGAUCAUGGAAUUCGACUCCUGGAGGCCCAAAUUGCCACCGGUGGGAUCAUUGACCCGGUUAACAGCCAUCGCAUUCCAAUCCAUGUCGCCUAUAGGCGUGGAUAUUUUAAUGAGGAGAUGAAUGAGAUCCUGAGUGAUCCUAGUGAUGACACCAAAGGGUUUUUUGACCCCAACACCCACGAGAAUCUCACGUACUUGCAGCUCAUGUCCAGAUGUGUCACAGACUCCAGCACAGGACUAUGCCUGCUGCCACUCAAAGGCAGAAGUAACAAAAUAAACAUAGAUGAUACCAUGAAGGAGCUAUUUAGAACAACAACUGUGUCUGUCAGGUACGGACGAUUCAAGGGCAAGCACACAACUCUUUGGGAUCUUAUCAAUUCAGAGUAUCUAGGAGAGGAAAAAAGGCAGGAGUUUUUCAAACUCUUCAAAUCCAGGAAAGUAACAGUUGAGGAAAUUAGUGUGUUUAUUUUAGACAUCAUUGAGAGCAAGGAGAUAAAACAGCAAGCAGGACUAAGCUUCAAAACCCUUAGGGGAGAGGUUUCUGUGGUGGAUCUUUUAGAGCUUGAAAUAGUGGAUGAAAAAACAUACAGUCGCUUGAUCGAUGGAAAGAUUAGGACCACCGAUGUGCUGAAAAUGGAAAGCGUGCAAUCUUACCUACAAGGAACAAGUUGUGUGGCCGGGGUGAUACUGCAGCCCUCCAAUCAGAAGCUAACCAUCUACGAGGCACAGAAAAAUGCUAUCCUGACACCCGGCACUGCUCUGUGCCUUCUUGAAGCACAAGCAGCAACAGGUUUCAUUGUUGAUCCUCUGGCAAACAAAAAGCUCACAGUGGAACAAGCGCUAAGGGAGAAGUUAAUUUGUCCACAGAUGUAUGAAAAGCUUUUAUCAGCAGAGAAGGCGGUCACUGGUUACGUCGAUCCAUACAAUGGCCAAAAGAUUUCUCUUUUCCAAGCCUUGAAGAAAGACCUUGUUGUAAGAGAACAUGGCAUUCGUUUACUUGAGGCCCAAAUUGCCACAGGUGGAAUCAUUGAUCCUUUAAAGUGUCUUCAUCUACCUCUUGAUGUUGCAUACAGGAAAGGAUAUUUUGAUGAAGAGCUUAAUCAAACUCUAUUGGACCCGACUGAUGACACAAAAGGAUUUUUUGACCCAAACACCAAAGAGAAUCUGACAUACUUGGACAUGUUAGGUAGAUGCAUGAAAGAUAAAGAAACUGGAUUGUUCUUCUUACCAAUUGCUGUCACACCAAAAGCUUCAACGACAAAUGUGAAGUUGUACACCGACAGGCAGAUUAAACAAGAGUUUGACGAGACAAUUGUGAGCUAUGCAGGGAAAUCUGUUUCUCUGUGGGACUUGCUCCACUCUGGCUACUUCACUGAAGAACAUCGCUUUGAACUGAUUGAAACAUUCAGAGCAAGAAAGGUUAGCAUACAAACCAUAAUCACAGUCGUCAGAUCUACAAUUGAAAAACUGGUUAGGAGUGAAACUCCCAAAACGAUCAUGGGUCUAAGAAAGCAUGUGUCUGCCAAACAACUGCUUGACUCUGAUAUUAUUAACACUAUUACAUUCAAAAAGAUUAACGAAGAGCAAGUGUCUUUUGAAGGAGUUGCCAAACGUGAUUGUGUGAGACGAUACCUGAAUGGAACCGCAAGCAUUGCUGGAAUUAGAAUGUAUCCGUCCCAGACAGUUGUAAGCAUAUAUGCUGCAAAAAAGGACUGUGUGUUGACAAAUGAUGUGGCGCUUUUGCUGCUGGAAGCACAGGCAUCCACAGGUUGGAUCAUCGAUCCUACCAAAAACAAGUUUUACACUGUUGACCAAGCUGCACUUGAGAAGGUAAUUGGAUCAGAUGUACAUGAGCAGCUUCUGGUAGCUGAACAAGCUGUCACUGGGUAUAAAGAUCCCUAUACUGAUGCAUCAAUAUCUUUGUAUGAGGCUAUGAAUAAACAGCUGAUCCAAAGAAAAGAUGGCAUUCGUCUUCUUGAAGCACAAAUAGCAACAGGUGGAAUCAUAGACCCACAUAUGAGCAUCAGAGUACCUGCUAAUGUUGCAGUCCAAAACAGACUUCUGGAUGACGAACUCAAAAACCUUCUGCUGAAUUCCACUGAUGAAACAAAAGGACACAUUGACCCAAACACCAAAGAAAAAAUAUCCUACCUUGAGCUGAUGGAGAGAUGUGAAAGUGAUCCAAAAACAGGCCUGCUUCUUCUGCCAUUACAGACAGGUGAAUACGACAUUGUUCAGUCAGAAGACCAAAUGCAGGUCGAGUUUAAAAACAAAACAUUUGUUUUGAAAACAUGGAUACUCGAAGAGAAAGAAGUCACCCUUUGGGAAGCUUUAAUGUCUAAAUACGUUUCCCAACAAAAAAGAGACCAGCUUAUACAACAAUAUAAGACUGGUACCAUGACAAUUGAUGAACUAAUUGAAGUACUCACAGUCAUCAUUACAGAGGUCUCAUCCAAAGAAAGAAAGUUCAAAGGACUAAGGAAGCAUGUCACUGCAAGUGAGUUGUUUGAGUCCAAAAUCAUCUCAAAGGAGCUUUUUACAAAGAUUAUACAUGGGAAAGUGACCGAAGAGAAUGUCAACAAAAUGGAAUCCAUUCAGAAGUAUCUUGGAGCUACAAAUUGUAUAGCUGGUGUCAGAGUUGAGUCUACAAAGAAGGUUAUGAGCAUAUACGAAGCAAAGACAAGAGGCCUGCUGACUCCUGGUACUUCUCUUAUACUCUUGGAAGCCCAAGCUGGCACUGGCUUUGUCAUUGACCCAGUCAACAACAAGAAACUUUCAGUAGAAGAAGCUCUGGCUCAGGGAGUAGUUGGCACUGAGUGGAAAAACAAACUACUCUCAGCAGAACGAGCAGUUACAGGAUACAGAGACCCCUACACUGGUGGCACAAUUUCCUUAUUCCAGGCAUUGAAUAAGGAUCUCAUUGUCAAAGAUCAUGGAAUUCGUCUCCUUGAGGCUCAAAUUGCCACAGGAGGCAUAAUUGACCCAAUAUACAGUCACAGAUUGCCUGUGCAGGUGGCAUAUCAAAGAGGAUACUUUGACGAGGAAAUGAACCAAAUUUUGUCUGACCCAGAUGAUGACACCAAGGGCUUUUUUGAUCCCAACACACAAGAGAACCUUACCUAUCUCCAACUGAUAGAGAGGUGUGUCACAGACCCCCUCACUGGACUUAAUUUGCUAUCCAUUGUAAAGAAAGGGGAGUUCUAUUUCUUUGUUGAUGAGGCCACAAAACUCAUUCUGAAAUCAACAACAACCACCAAAGCAGGAGAGGAGUACCAAGGAAUGACAGUCUCGCUGUGGGAACUGCUCUACUCCAGAUACAUAACUGAGGAGAGAAGGCGAGAACUUGUGCAGCAGUACAAGUCCGGAGCUAUCACAAUCCAACGUUUCUUGGAGAUCAUCUUGAUGAUUAUUCAGCAGCUGACCACCACCACCACCACCUCAUCAUCUGCAAUCACAUGUCUGACUCAAGAAACAACAGUGGACAGCAGCACCAUAGAAACCACCAUCAACACCACAGUUACAAAGACCAGAGACAUGGAAAGUUUUCAAGGAAUAAGAAAGGAUGUCAGUGCUACAGAGUUGCUUAAAUCCAAAAUCAUCGGUGAAGAGAUCUACAAAGAUCUAAAUGCAGGAAAAGUCACCGUGCAGGAAGUUAGUCAAAUGCGAUCUGUCCGCAAGUACCUGGAAGGGACCAACAGCAUUGCAGGGGUAUAUUUGCAGUCAACCCAUGAGACCCUGAGCGUCUAUGAAGCCAAAUCCAGAGGCCUGCUGACCCCUGGUACAUCUCUGGUUCUGCUGGAAGCCCAAGCUGCCACUGGCUUUGUCAUUGACCCAGUCAACAACAAGAAACUUUCAGUAGAAGAAGCUGUGGCUCAGAGAGUGGUUGGCAACGAGUGGAAAAACAAACUGCUCUCAGCAGAACGAGCAGUCACAGGAUAUAGAGACCCUUACACUGAAGACACCAUAUCUUUGUUCCAGGCUCUGAAAAAAGACCUGAUAGUCAAGGAUCAUGGAAUUCGUCUCCUUGAAGCUCAAAUUGCCACAGGAGGCAUCAUCGACCCAGUAAACAGUCACAGAGUGCCUGUGAAGGUGGCAUAUGAAAGAGGCUACUUUGACAAAGAAAUGAACCAAAUUUUGUCUGACCCAGAUGACGACACCAAGGGCUUUUUCGAUCCCAACACACAAGAGAACCUUACCUAUCUCCAACUGAUAGAGAGGUGUGUCACAGACCCCAUCACUGGUCUGAGUCUGCUGGUUAUUGUGAAGAAAGGGGAGUUCUACUUCUUUGUUGACGAGGCCACAAAACUUAAACUGAAAUCAACAACAACCACCAAAGCAGGAGAGGAGUACCAAGGAAUGACAGUCUCGCUGUGGGAACUGCUCUACUCCAGAUACAUAACUGAGGAGAGAAGGCGAGAACUUGUGCAGCAGUACAAGUCCGGAGCUAUCACAAUCCAACGUUUCUUGGAGAUCAUCUUGAUGAUUAUUCAGCAGCAGACCACCACUACCACUUCAUCAUCAGCAGUCACAUGUCUGACUCAAGAAACAACAAUGGACAGCAGCACCAUAGAAACCACCAUCAGCACCACAGUUACAGAGACCAGAGACAUGGAAAGUUUUCAAGGAAUAAGGAAGGAUGUCAGUGCUACAGAGUUGCUUAAAUCAAAAAUCAUCGGUGAAGAAAUCUACAAAGAUCUAAAUGCAGGAAAAGUCACCGUGCAGGAAGUUAGUCAAAUGCGAUCUGUCCGCAAGUACCUGGAAGGGACCAACAGCAUUGCAGGGGUAUACUUGCAGUCAACCCAUGAGACCCUGAGCAUCUAUGAAGCCAAAUCCAGAGGCCUGCUGACCCCUGGUACAUCUCUGGUUCUGCUGGAAGCCCAAGCUGCCACUGGCUUUGUCAUUGACCCAGUCAACAACAAGAAACUUUCAGUAGAAGAAGCUGUGGCUCAGAGAUUGGUUGGCAACGAGUGGAAAAACAAACUGCUCUCAGCAGAACGAGCAGUCACAGGAUAUAGAGACCCUUACACUGAAGACACCAUAUCUUUGUUCCAGGCUCUGAAAAAAGACCUGAUAGUCAAGGAUCAUGGAAUUCGUCUCCUUGAAGCUCAAAUUGCAACAGGAGGCAUCAUCGACCCAGUAAACAGUCACAGAGUGCCUGUGCAGGUGGCAUAUGAAAGAGGCUACUUUGACAAAGAAAUGAACCAAAUUUUGUCUGACCCAGAUGACGACACCAAGGGCUUUUUCGAUCCCAACACACAAGAGAACCUUACCUAUCUCCAACUGAUAGAGAGGUGUGUCACAGACCCCAUCACUGGUCUGAGUCUGCUGGUUAUUGUGAAGAAAGGGGAGUUCUACUUCUUUGUUGACGAGGCCACAAAACUUAAACUGAAAUCAACAACAACCACCAAAGCAGGAGAGGAAUACCAAGGAAUGACAGUCUCGCUGUGGGAACUGCUCUACUCCAGAUACAUAACUGAGGAGAGAAGGCGAGAACUUGUGCAGCAGUACAAGUCCGGAGCUAUCACAAUCCAACGUUUCUUGGAGAUCAUCUUGAUGAUUAUUCAGCAGCAGACCACCACCACCACCUCAUCAUCAGCAGUCACAUGUCUGACUCAAGAAACAACAAUUGACAGCAGCACCAUAGAAACCACCAUCAGCACCACAGUUACAGAGACCAGAGACAUGGAAAGUUUUCAAGGAAUAAGGAAGGAUGUCAGUGCUACAGAGUUGCUUAAAUCAAAAAUCAUCGGUGAAGAAAUCUACAAAGAUCUAAAUGCAGGAAAAGUCACCGUGCAGGAAGUUAGUCAAAUGCGAUCUGUCCGCAAGUACCUGGAAGGGACCAACAGCAUUGCAGGGGUAUACUUGCAGUCAACCCAUGAGACCCUGAGCAUCUCUGAAGCCAAAUCCAGAGGCCUGCUGACCCCUGGUACAUCUCUGGUUCUGCUGGAAGCCCAAGCUGCCACUGGCUUUGUCAUUGACCCAGUCAACAACAAGAAACUUUCAGUAGAAGAAGCUGUGGCUCAGAGGUUGGUUGGCAACGAGUGGAAAAACAAACUGCUCUCAGCAGAACGAGCAGUCACAGGAUAUAGAGACCCUUACACUGAAGACACCAUAUCUUUGUUCCAGGCUCUGAAAAAAGACCUGAUAGUCAAGGAUCAUGGAAUUCGUCUCCUUGAAGCUCAAAUUGCCACAGGAGGCAUCAUCGACCCAGUAAACAGUCACAGAGUGCCUGUGCAGGUGGCUUAUGAAAGAGGCUACUUUGACAAAGAAAUGAACCAAAUUUUGUCCGACCCAGAUGACGACACCAAGGGCUUUUUCGAUCCCAACACACAAGAGAACCUUACCUAUCUCCAACUGAUAGAGAGGUGUGUCACAGACCCCAUCACUGGUCUGAGUCUGCUAGUUAUUGUGAAGAAAGGGGAGUUCUACUUCUUUGUUGACGAGGCCACAAAACUUAAACUGAAAUCAACAACAACCACCAAAGCAGGAGAGGAGUACCAAGGAAUGACAGUCUCGCUGUGGGAACUGCUCUACUCCAGAUACAUAACUGAGGAGAGAAGGCGAGAACUUGUGCAGCAGUACAAGUCCGGAGCUAUCACAAUCCAACGUUUCUUGGAGAUCAUCUUGAUGAUUAUUCAGCAGCAGACCACCACCACCACCUCAUCAUCAGCAGUCACAUGUCUGACUCAAGAAACAACAAUGGACAGCAGCACCAUAGAAACCACCAUCAGCACCACAGUUACAGAGACCAGAGACAUGGAAAGUUUUCAAGGAAUAAGGAAGGAUGUCAGUGCUACAGAGUUGCUAAAAUCAAAAAUCAUCGGUGAAGAAAUCUACAAAGAUCUAAAUGCAGGAAAAGUCACCGUGCAGGAAGUUAGUCAAAUGCGAUCUGUCCGCAAGUACCUGGAAGGGACCAACAGCAUUGCAGGGGUAUACUUGCAGUCAACCCAUGAGACCCUGAGCAUCUAUGAAGCCAAAUCCAAAGGCCUGCUGACCCCUGGUACAUCUCUGGUUCUGCUGGAAGCCCAAGCUGCCACUGGCUUUGUCAUUGACCCAGUCAACAACAAGAAACUUUCAGUAGAAGAAGCUGUGGCUCAGAGAUUGGUUGGCAACGAGUGGAAAAACAAACUGCUCUCAGCAGAACGAGCAGUCACAGGAUAUAGAGACCCUUACACUGAAGACACCAUAUCUUUGUUCCAGGCUCUGAAAAAAGACCUGAUAGUCAAGGAUCAUGGAAUUCGUCUCCUUGAAGCUCAAAUUGCAACAGGAGGCAUCAUCGACCCAGUAAACAGUCACAGAGUGCCUGUGCAGGUGGCAUAUGAAAGAGGCUACUUUGACAAAGAAAUGAACCAAAUUUUGUCUGACCCAGAUGAUGACACCAAGGGCUUUUUUGAUCCCAACACACAAGAGAACCUUAACUAUCUCCAACUGAUAGAGAGGUGUGUCACAGACCCCAUCACUGGUCUGAGUCUGCUAGUUAUUGUGAAGAAAGGUGAGUUCUACUUCUUUGUUGACGAGGCCACAAAACUUAAACUGAAAUCAACAACAACCACCAAAGCAGGAGAGGAGUACCAAGGAAUGACAGUCUCGCUGUGGGAACUGCUCUACUCCAGAUACAUAACUGAGGAGAGAAGGCGAGAACUUGUGCAGCAGUACAAGUCCGGAGCUAUCACAAUCCAACGUUUCUUGGAGAUCAUCUUGAUGAUUAUUCAGCAGCAGACCACCACCACCAACUCAUCAUCAGCAGUCACAUGUCUGACUCAAGAAACAACAAUGGACAGCAACACCAUAGAAACCACCAUCAGCACCACAGUUACAGAGACCAGAGACAUGGAAAGUUUUCAAGGAAUAAGGAAGGAUGUCAGUGCUACAGAGUUGCUUAAAUCAAAAAUCAUCGGUGAAGAAAUCUACAAAGAUCUAAAUGCAGGAAAAGUCACCGUGCAGGAAGUUAGUCAAAUGCGAUCUGUCCGCAAGUACCUGGAAGGGACCAACAGCAUUGCAGGGGUAUACAUGCAGUCAACCCAUGAGACCUUGAGCAUCUAUGAAGCCAAAUCCAGAGGCCUGCUGACCCCUGGUACAUCUCUGGUUCUGCUGGAAGCCCAAGCUGCCACUGGCUUUGUCAUUGACCCAGUCAACAACAAGAAACUUUCAGUAAAAGAAGCUGUGGCUCAGAGAUUGGUUGGCAACGAGUGGAAAAACAAACUGCUCUCAGCAGAACGAGCAGUCACAGGAUAUAGAGACCCUUACACUGAAGACACCAUAUCUUUGUUCCAGGCUCUGAAAAAAGACCUGAUAGUCAAGGAUCAUGGAAUUCGUCUCCUUGAAGCUCAAAUUGCAACAGGAGGCAUCAUCGACCCAGUAAACAGUCACAGAGUGCCUGUGCAGGUGGCAUAUGAAAGAGGCUACUUUGACAAAGAAAUGAACCAAAUUUUGUCCGACCCAGAUGAUGACACCAAGGGCUUUUUUGAUCCCAACACACAAGAGAACCUUACCUAUCUCCAACUGAUAGAGAGGUGUGUCACAGACCCCAUCACUGGUCUGAGUCUGCUAGUUAUUGUGAAGAAAGGUGAGUUCUACUUCUUUGUUGACGAGGCCACAAAACUUAAACUGAAAUCAACAACAACCACCAAAGCAGGAGAGGAGUACCAAGGAAUGACAGUCUCGCUGUGGGAACUGCUCUACUCCAGAUACAUAACUGAGGAGAGAAGGCGAGAACUUGUGCAGCAGUACAAGUCCGGAGCUAUCACAAUCCAACGUUUCUUGGAGAUCAUCUUGAUGAUUAUUCAGCAGCAGACCACCACCACCAACUCAUCAUCAGCAGUCACAUGUCUGACUCAAGAAACAACAAUGGACAGCAGCACCAUAGAAACCACCAUCAGCACCACAGUUACAGAGACCAGAGACAUGGAAAGUUUUCAAGGAAUAAGGAAGGAUGUCAGUGCUACAGAGUUGCUAAAAUCAAAAAUCAUCGGUGAAGAAAUCUACAAAGAUCUAAAUGCAGGAAAAGUCACCGUGCAGGAAGUUAGUCAAAUGCGAUCUGUCCGCAAGUACCUGGAAGGGACCAACAACAUUGCAGGGGUAUACUUGCAGUCAACCCAUGAGACCCUGAGCAUCUAUGAAGCCAAAUCCAAAGGCCUGCUGACCCCUGGUACAUCUCUGGUUCUGCUGGAAGCCCAAGCUGCCACUGGCUUUGUCAUUGACCCAGUCAACAACAAGAAACUUUCAGUAGAAGAAGCUGUGGCUCAGAGAUUGGUUGGCAACGAGUGGAAAAACAAACUUCUCUCAGCAGAACGAGCAGUCACAGGAUAUAGAGACCCUUACACUGAAGACACCAUAUCUUUGUUCCAGGCUCUGAAAAAAGACCUGAUAGUCAAGGAUCAUGGAAUUCGUCUCCUUGAAGCUCAAAUUGCCACAGGAGGCAUCAUCGACCCAGUAAACAGUCACAGAGUGCCUGUGCAGGUGGCAUAUGAAAGAGGCUACUUUGACAAAGAAAUGAACCAAAUUUUGUCCGACCCAGAUGACGACACCAAGGGCUUUUUCGAUCCCAACACACAAGAGAACCUUACCUAUCUCCAACUGAUAGAGAGGUGUGUCACAGACCCCAUCACUGGUCUGAGUCUGCUAGUUAUUGUGAAGAAAGGGGAGUUCUACUUCUUUGUUGACGAGGCCACAAAACUUAAACUGAAAUCAACAACAACCACCAAAGCAGGAGAGGAGUACCAAGGAAUGACAGUCUCGCUGUGGGAACUGCUCUACUCCAGAUACAUAACUGAGGAGAGAAGGCGAGAACUUGUGCAGCAGUACAAGUCCGGAGCUAUCACAAUCCAACGUUUCUUGGAGAUCAUCUUGAUGAUUAUUCAGCAGCAGACCACCACCACCACCUCAUCAUCAGCAGUCACAUGUCUGACUCAAGAAACAACAAUGGACAGCAGCACCAUAGAAACCACCAUCAGCACCACAGUUAUAGAGACCAGAGACAUGGAAAGUUUUCAAGGAAUAAGGAAGGAUGUCAGUGCUACAGAGUUGCUUAAAUCAAAAAUCAUCGGUGAAGAAAUCUACAAAGAUCUAAAUGCAGGAAAAGUCACCGUGCAGGAAGUUAGUCAAAUGCGAUCUGUCCGCAAGUACCUGGAAGGGACCAACAGCAUUGCAGGGGUAUACUUGCAGUCAACCCAUGAGACCCUGAGCAUCUAUGAAGCCAAAUCCAAAGGCCUGCUGACCCCUGGUACAUCUCUGGUUCUGCUGGAAGCCCAAGCUGCCACUGGCUUUGUCAUUGACCCAGUCAACAACAAGAAACUUUCAGUAGAAGAAGCUGUGGCUCAGAGAUUGGUUGGCAACGAGUGGAAAAACAAACUGCUCUCAGCAGAACGAGCAGUCACAGGAUAUAGAGACCCUUACACUGAAGACACCAUAUCUUUGUUCCAGGCUCUGAAAAAAGACCUGAUAGUCAAGGAUCAUGGAAUUCGUCUCCUUGAAGCUCAAAUUGCAACAGGAGGCAUCAUCGACCCAGUAAACAGUCACAGAGUGCCUGUGCAGGUGGCAUAUGAAAGAGGCUACUUUGACAAAGAAAUGAACCAAAUUUUGUCUGACCCAGAUGAUGACACCAAGGGCUUUUUUGAUCCCAACACACAAGAGAACCUUACCUAUCUCCAACUGAUAGAGAGGUGUGUCACAGACCCCAUCACUGGUCUGAGUCUGCUAGUUAUUGUGAAGAAAGGUGAGUUCUACUUCUUUGUUGACGAGGCCACAAAACUUAAACUGAAAUCAACAACAACCACCAAAGCAGGAGAGGAGUACCAAGGAAUGACAGUCUCGCUGUGGGAACUGCUCUACUCCAGAUACAUAACUGAGGAGAGAAGGCGAGAACUUGUGCAGCAGUACAAGUCCGGAGCUAUCACAAUCCAACGUUUCUUGGAGAUCAUCUUGAUGAUUAUUCAGCAGCAGACCACCACCACCAACUCAUCAUCAGCAGUCACAUGUCUGACUCAAGAAACAACAAUGGACAGCAGCACCAUAGAAACCACCAUCAGCACCACAGUUACAGAGACCAGAGACAUGGAAAGUUUUCAAGGAAUAAGGAAGGAUGUCAGUGCUACAGAGUUGCUAAAAUCAAAAAUCAUCGGUGAAGAAAUCUACAAAGAUCUAAAUGCAGGAAAAGUCACUGUGCAGGAAGUUAGUCAAAUGCGAUCUGUCCGCAAGUACCUGGAAGGGACCAACAACAUUGCAGGGGUAUACUUGCAGUCAACCCAUGAGACCCUGAGCAUCUAUGAAGCCAAAUCCAAAGGCCUGCUGACCCCUGGUACAUCUCUGGUUCUGCUGGAAGCCCAAGCUGCCACUGGCUUUGUCAUUGACCCAGUCAACAACAAGAAACUUUCAGUAGAAGAAGCUGUGGCUCAGAGAUUGGUUGGCAACGAGUGGAAAAACAAACUUCUCUCAGCAGAACGAGCAGUCACAGGAUAUAGAGACCCUUACACUGAAGACACCAUAUCUUUGUUCCAGGCUCUGAAAAAAGACCUGAUAGUCAAGGAUCAUGGAAUUCGUCUCCUUGAAGCUCAAAUUGCCACAGGAGGCAUCAUCGACCCAGUAAACAGUCACAGAGUGCCUGUGCAGGUGGCAUAUGAAAGAGGCUACUUUGACAAAGAAAUGAACCAAAUUUUGUCCGACCCAGAUGACGACACCAAGGGCUUUUUCGAUCCCAACACACAAGAGAACCUUACCUAUCUCCAACUGAUAGAGAGGUGUGUCACAGACCCCAUCACUGGUCUGAGUCUACUAGUUAUUGUGAAGAAAGGGGAGUUCUACUUCUUUGUUGACGAGGCCACAAAACUUAAACUGAAAUCAACAACAACCACCAAAGCAGGAGAGGAGUACCAAGGAAUGACAGUCUCGCUGUGGGAACUGCUCUACUCCAGAUACAUAACUGAGGAGAGAAGGCGAGAACUUGUGCAGCAGUACAAGUCCGGAGCUAUCACAAUCCAACGUUUCUUGGAGAUCAUCUUGAUGAUUAUUCAGCAGCAGACCACCACCACCACCUCAUCAUCAGCAGUCACAUGUCUGACUCAAGAAACAACAAUGGACAGCAGCACCAUAGAAACCACCAUCAGCACCACAGUUACAGAGACCAGAGACAUGGAAAGUUUUCAAGGAAUAAGGAAGGAUGUCAGUGCUACAGAGUUGCUUAAAUCAAAAAUCAUCGGUGAAGAAAUCUACAAAGAUCUAAAUGCAGGAAAAGUCACCGUGCAGGAAGUUAGUCAAAUGCGAUCUGUCCGCAAGUACCUGGAAGGGACCAACAGCAUUGCAGGGGUAUACUUGCAGUCAACCCAUGAGACCCUGAGCAUCUAUGAAGCCAAAUCCAAAGGCCUGCUGACCCCUGGUACAUCUCUGGUUCUGCUGGAAGCCCAAGCUGCCACUGGCUUUGUCAUUGACCCAGUCAACAACAAGAAACUUUCAGUAGAAGAAGCUGUGGCUCAGAGAUUGGUUGGCAACGAGUGGAAAAACAAACUGCUCUCAGCAGAACGAGCAGUCACAGGAUAUAGAGACCCUUACACUGAAGACACCAUAUCUUUGUUCCAGGCUCUGAAAAAAGACCUGAUAGUCAAGGAUCAUGGAAUUCGUCUCCUUGAAGCUCAAAUUGCAACAGGAGGCAUCAUCGACCCAGUAAACAGUCACAGAGUGCCUGUGCAGGUGGCAUAUGAAAGAGGCUACUUUGACAAAGAAAUGAACCAAAUUUUGUCUGACCCAGAUGAUGACACCAAGGGCUUUUUUGAUCCCAACACACAAGAGAACCUUACCUAUCUCCAACUGAUAGAGAGGUGUGUCACAGACCCCAUCACUGGUCUGAGUCUGCUAGUUAUUGUGAAGAAAGGUGAGUUCUACUUCUUUGUUGACGAGGCCACAAAACUUAAACUGAAAUCAACAACAACCACCAAAGCAGGAGAGGAGUACCAAGGAAUGACAGUCUCGCUGUGGGAACUGCUCUACUCCAGAUACAUAACUGAGGAGAGAAGGCGAGAACUUGUGCAGCAGUACAAGUCCGGAGCUAUCACAAUCCAACGUUUCUUGGAGAUCAUCUUGAUGAUUAUUCAGCAGCAGACCACCACCACCAACUCAUCAUCAGCAGUCACAUGUCUGACUCAAGAAACAACAAUGGACAGCAGCACCAUAGAAACCACCAUCAGCACCACAGUUACAGAAACCAGAGACAUGGAAAGUUUUCAAGGAAUAAGGAAGGAUGUCAGUGCUACAGAGUUGCUAAAAUCAAAAAUCAUCGGUGAAGAAAUCUACAAAGAUCUAAAUGCAGGAAAAGUCACCGUGCAGGAAGUUAGUCAAAUGCGAUCUGUCCGCAAGUACCUGGAAGGGACCAACAACAUUGCAGGGGUAUACUUGCAGUCAACCCAUGAGACCCUGAGCAUCUAUGAAGCCAAAUCCAAAGGCCUGCUGACCCCUGGUACAUCUCUGGUUCUGCUGGAAGCCCAAGCUGCCACUGGCUUUGUCAUUGACCCAGUCAACAACAAGAAACUUUCAGUAGAAGAAGCUGUGGCUCAGAGAUUGGUUGGCAACGAGUGGAAAAACAAACUUCUCUCAGCAGAACGAGCAGUCACAGGAUAUAGAGACCCUUACACUGAAGACACCAUAUCUUUGUUCCAGGCUCUGAAAAAAGACCUGAUAGUCAAGGAUCAUGGAAUUCGUCUCCUUGAAGCUCAAAUUGCCACAGGAGGCAUCAUCGACCCAGUAAACAGUCACAGAGUGCCUGUGCAGGUGGCAUAUGAAAGAGGCUACUUUGACAAAGAAAUGAACCAAAUUUUGUCCGACCCAGAUGACGACACCAAGGGCUUUUUCGAUCCCAACACACAAGAGAACCUUACCUAUCUCCAACUGAUAGAGAGGUGUGUCACAGACCCCAUCACUGGUCUGAGUCUACUAGUUAUUGUGAAGAAAGGGGAGUUCUACUUCUUUGUUGACGAGGCCACAAAACUUAAACUGAAAUCAACAACAACCACCAAAGCAGGAGAGGAGUACCAAGGAAUGACAGUCUCGCUGUGGGAACUGCUCUACUCCAGAUACAUAACUGAGGAGAGAAGGCGAGAACUUGUGCAGCAGUACAAGUCCGGAGCUAUCACAAUCCAACGUUUCUUGGAGAUCAUCUUGAUGAUUAUUCAGCAGCAGACCACCACCACCACCUCAUCAUCAGCAGUCACAUGUCUGACUCAAGAAACAACAAUGGACAGCAGCACCAUAGAAACCACCAUCAGCACCACAGUUACAGAGACCAGAGACAUGGAAAGUUUUCAAGGAAUAAGGAAGGAUGUCAGUGCUACAGAGUUGCUUAAAUCAAAAAUCAUCGGUGAAGAAAUCUACAAAGAUCUAAAUGCAGGAAAAGUCACCGUGCAGGAAGUUAGUCAAAUGCGAUCUGUCCGCAAGUACCUGGAAGGGACCAACAGCAUUGCAGGGGUAUACUUGCAGUCAACCCAUGAGACCCUGAGCAUCUAUGAAGCCAAAUCCAAAGGCCUGCUGACCCCUGGUACAUCUCUGGUUCUGCUGGAAGCCCAAGCUGCCACUGGCUUUGUCAUUGACCCAGUCAACAACAAGAAACUUUCAGUAGAAGAAGCUGUGGCUCAGAGAUUGGUUGGCAACGAGUGGAAAAACAAACUGCUCUCAGCAGAACGAGCAGUCACAGGAUAUAGAGACCCUUACACUGAAGACACCAUAUCUUUGUUCCAGGCUCUGAAAAAAGACCUGAUAGUCAAGGAUCAUGGAAUUCGUCUCCUUGAAGCUCAAAUUGCAACAGGAGGCAUCAUCGACCCAGUAAACAGUCACAGAGUGCCUGUGCAGGUGGCAUAUGAAAGAGGCUACUUUGACAAAGAAAUGAACCAAAUUUUGUCUGACCCAGAUGAUGACACCAAGGGCUUUUUUGAUCCCAACACACAAGAGAACCUUACCUAUCUCCAACUGAUAGAGAGGUGUGUCACAGACCCCAUCACUGGUCUGAGUCUGCUAGUUAUUGUGAAGAAAGGUGAGUUCUACUUCUUUGUUGACGAGGCCACAAAACUUAAACUGAAAUCAACAACAACCACCAAAGCAGGAGAGGAGUACCAAGGAAUGACAGUCUCGCUGUGGGAACUGCUCUACUCCAGAUACAUAACUGAGGAGAGAAGGCGAGAACUUGUGCAGCAGUACAAGUCCGGAGCUAUCACAAUCCAACGUUUCUUGGAGAUCAUCUUGAUGAUUAUUCAGCAGCAGACCACCACCACCAACUCAUCAUCAGCAGUCACAUGUCUGACUCAAGAAACAACAAUGGACAGCAGCACCAUAGAAACCACCAUCAGCACCACAGUUACAGAAACCAGAGACAUGGAAAGUUUUCAAGGAAUAAGGAAGGAUGUCAGUGCUACAGAGUUGCUAAAAUCAAAAAUCAUCGGUGAAGAAAUCUACAAAGAUCUAAAUGCAGGAAAAGUCACCGUGCAGGAAGUUAGUCAAAUGCGAUCUGUCCGCAAGUACCUGGAAGGGACCAACAACAUUGCAGGGGUAUACUUGCAGUCAACCCAUGAGACCCUGAGCAUCUAUGAAGCCAAAUCCAAAGGCCUGCUGACCCCUGGUACAUCUCUGGUUCUGCUGGAAGCCCAAGCUGCCACUGGCUUUGUCAUUGACCCAGUCAACAACAAGAAACUUUCAGUAGAAGAAGCUGUGGCUCAGAGAUUGGUUGGCAACGAGUGGAAAAACAAACUGCUCUCAGCAGAACGAGCAGUCACAGGAUAUAGAGACCCUUACACUGAAGACACCAUAUCUUUGUUCCAGGCUCUGAAAAAAGACCUGAUAGUCAAGGAUCAUGGAAUUCGUCUCCUUGAAGCUCAAAUUGCCACAGGAGGCAUCAUCGACCCAGUAAACAGUCACAGAGUGCCUGUGCAGGUGGCAUAUGAAAGAGGCUACUUUGACAAAGAAAUGAACCAAAUUUUGUCCGACCCAGAUGACGACACCAAGGGCUUUUUCGAUCCCAACACACAAGAGAACCUUACCUAUCUCCAACUGAUAGAGAGGUGUGUCACAGACCCCAUCACUGGUCUGAGUCUGCUAGUUAUUGUGAAGAAAGGGGAGUUCUACUUCUUUGUUGACGAGGCCACAAAACUUAAACUGAAAUCAACAACAACCACCAAAGCAGGAGAGGAGUACCAAGGAAUGACAGUCUCGCUGUGGGAACUGCUCUACUCCAGAUACAUAACUGAGGAGAGAAGGCGAGAACUUGUGCAACAGUACAAGUCCGGAGCUAUCACAAUCCAACGUUUCUUGGAGAUCAUCUUGAUGAUUAUUCAGCAGCAGACCACCACCACCACCUCAUCAUCAGCAGUCACAUGUCUGACUCAAGAAACAACAAUGGACAGCAGCACCAUAGAAACCACCAUCAGCACCACAGUUACAGAGACCAGAGACAUGGAAAGUUUUCAAGGAAUAAGGAAGGAUGUCAGUGCUACAGAGUUGCUUAAAUCAAAAAUCAUCGGUGAAGAAAUCUACAAAGAUCUAAAUGCAGGAAAAGUCACCGUGCAGGAAGUUAGUCAAAUGCGAUCUGUCCGCAAGUACCUGGAAGGGACCAACAGCAUUGCAGGGGUAUACUUGCAGUCAACCCAUGAGACCCUGAGCAUCUAUGAAGCCAAAUCCAAAGGCCUGCUGACCCCUGGUACAUCUCUGGUUCUGCUGGAAGCCCAAGCUGCCACUGGCUUUGUCAUUGACCCAGUCAACAACAAGAAACUUUCAGUAGAAGAAGCUGUGGCUCAGAGAUUGGUUGGCAACGAGUGGAAAAACAAACUGCUCUCAGCAGAACGAGCAGUCACAGGAUAUAGAGACCCUUACACUGAAGACACCAUAUCUUUGUUCCAGGCUCUGAAAAAAGACCUGAUAGUCAAGGAUCAUGGAAUUCGUCUCCUUGAAGCUCAAAUUGCAACAGGAGGCAUCAUCGACCCAGUAAACAGUCACAGAGUGCCUGUGCAGGUGGCAUAUGAAAGAGGCUACUUUGACAAAGAAAUGAACCAAAUUUUGUCUGACCCAGAUGAUGACACCAAGGGCUUUUUUGAUCCCAACACACAAGAGAACCUUACCUAUCUCCAACUGAUAGAGAGGUGUGUCACAGACCCCAUCACUGGUCUGAGUCUGCUAGUUAUUGUGAAGAAAGGUGAGUUCUACUUCUUUGUUGACGAGGCCACAAAACUUAAACUGAAAUCAACAACAACCACCAAAGCAGGAGAGGAGUACCAAGGAAUGACAGUCUCGCUGUGGGAACUGCUCUACUCCAGAUACAUAACUGAGGAGAGAAGGCGAGAACUUGUGCAGCAGUACAAGUCCGGAGCUAUCACAAUCCAACGUUUCUUGGAGAUCAUCUUGAUGAUUAUUCAGCAGCAGACCACCACCACCAACUCAUCAUCAGCAGUCACAUGUCUGACUCAAGAAACAACAAUGGACAGCAACACCAUAGAAACCACCAUCAGCACCACAGUUACAGAGACCAGAGACAUGGAAAGUUUUCAAGGAAUAAGGAAGGAUGUCAGUGCUACAGAGUUGCUAAAAUCAAAAAUCAUCGGUGAAGAAAUCUACAAAGAUCUAAAUGCAGGAAAAGUCACCGUGCAGGAAGUUAGUCAAAUGCGAUCUGUCCGCAAGUACCUGGAAGGGACCAACAGCAUUGCAGGGGUAUACUUGCAGUCAACCCAUGAGACCCUGAGCAUCUAUGAAGCCAAAUCCAAAGGCCUGCUGACCCCUGGUACAUCUCUGGUUCUGCUGGAAGCCCAAGCUGCCACUGGCUUUGUCAUUGACCCAGUCAACAACAAGAAACUUUCAGUAGAAGAAGCUGUGGCUCAGAGAUUGGUUGGCAACGAGUGGAAAAACAAACUGCUCUCAGCAGAACGAGCAGUCACAGGAUAUAGAGACCCUUACACUGAAGACACCAUAUCUUUGUUCCAGGCUCUGAAAAAAGACCUGAUAGUCAAGGAUCAUGGAAUUCGUCUCCUUGAAGCUCAAAUUGCAACAGGAGGCAUCAUCGACCCAGUAAACAGUCACAGAGUGCCUGUGCAGGUGGCAUAUGAAAGAGGCUACUUUGACAAAGAAAUGAACCAAAUUUUGUCUGACCCAGAUGAUGACACCAAGGGCUUUUUUGAUCCCAACACACAAGAGAACCUUACCUAUCUCCAACUGAUAGAGAGGUGUGUCACAGACCCCAUCACUGGUCUGAGUCUGCUAGUUAUUGUGAAGAAAGGUGAGUUCUACUUCUUUGUUGACGAGGCCACAAAACUUAAACUGAAAUCAACAACAACCACCAAAGCAGGAGAGGAGUACCAAGGAAUGACAGUCUCGCUGUGGGAACUGCUCUACUCCAGAUACAUAACUGAGGAGAGAAGGCGAGAACUUGUGCAGCAGUACAAGUCCGGAGUUAUCACAAUCCAACGUUUCUUGGAGAUCAUCUUGAUGAUUAUUCAGCAGCAGACCACCACCACCACCUCAUCAUCAGCAGUCACAUGUCUGACUCAAGAAACAACAAUGGACAGCAGCACCAUAGAAACCACCAUCAGCACCACAGUUACAGAGGCCAGAGACAUGGAAAGUUUUCAAGGAAUAAGGAAGGAUGUCAGUGCUACAGAGUUGCUUAAAUCAAAAAUCAUCGGUGAAGAAAUCUACAAAGAUCUAAAUGCAGGAAAAGUCACCGUGCAGGAAGUUAGUCAAAUGCGAUCUGUCCGCAAGUACCUGGAAGGGACCAACAGCAUUGCAGGGGUAUACAUGCAGUCAACCCAUGAGACCUUGAGCAUCUAUGAAGCCAAAUCCAGAGGCCUGCUGACCCCUGGUACAUCUCUGGUUCUGCUGGAAGCCCAAGCUGCCACUGGCUUUGUCAUUGACCCAGUCAACAACAAGAAACUUUCAGUAAAAGAAGCUGUGGCUCAGAGAUUGGUUGGCAACGAGUGGAAAAACAAACUGCUCUCAGCAGAACGAGCAGUCACAGGAUAUAGAGACCCUUACACUGAAGACACCAUAUCUUUGUUCCAGGCUCUGAAAAAAGACCUGAUAGUCAAGGAUCAUGGAAUUCGUCUCCUUGAAGCUCAAAUUGCAACAGGAGGCAUCAUCGACCCAGUAAACAGUCACAGAGUGCCUGUGCAGGUGGCAUAUGAAAGAGGCUACUUUGACAAAGAAAUGAACCAAAUUUUGUCUGACCCAGAUGAUGACACCAAGGGCUUUUUUGAUCCCAACACACAAGACAACCUUACCUAUCUCCAACUGAUAGAGAGGUGUGUCACAGACCCCAUCACUGGUCUGAGUCUGCUAGUUAUUGUGAAGAAAGGUGAGUUCUACUUCUUUGUUGACGAGGCCACAAAACUUAAACUGAAAUCAACAACAACCACCAAAGCAGGAGAGGAGUACCAAGGAAUGACAGUCUCGCUGUGGGAACUGCUCUACUCCAGAUACAUAACUGAGGAGAGAAGGCGAGAACUUGUGCAGCAGUACAAGUCCGGAGUUAUCACAAUCCAACGUUUCUUGGAGAUCAUCUUGAUGAUUAUUCAGCAGCAGACCACCACCACCACCUCAUCAUCAGCAGUCACAUGUCUGACUCAAGAAACAACAAUGGACAGCAGCACCAUAGAAACCACCAUCAGCACCACAGUUACAGAGACCAGAGACAUGGAAAGUUUUCAAGGAAUAAGGAAGGAUGUCAGUGCUACAGAGUUGCUUAAAUCAAAAAUCAUCGGUGAAGAAAUCUACAAAGAUCUAAAUGCAGGAAAAGUCACCGUGCAGGAAGUUAGUCAAAUGCGAUCUGUCCGCAAGUACCUGGAAGGGACUAACAGCAUUGCAGGGGUAUACUUGCAGUCAACCCAUGAGACCUUGAGCAUCUAUGAAGCCAAAUCCAUAGGCCUGCUGACCCCUGGUACAUCUCUGGUUCUGCUGGAAGCCCAAGCUGCCACUGGCUUUGUUAUUGACCCAGUCAACAACAAGAAACUUUCAGUAGAAGAAGCUGUGGCUCAGAGAUUGGUUGGCAACGAGUGGAAAAACAAACUGCUCUCAGCAGAACGAGCAGUCACAGGAUAUAGAGACCCUUACACUGAAGACACCAUAUCUUUGUUCCAGGCUCUGAAAAAAGACCUGAUAGUCAAGGAUCAUGGAAUUCGUCUCCUUGAAGCUCAAAUUGCAACAGGAGGCAUCAUCGACCCAGUAAACAGUCACAGAGUGCCUGUGCAGGUGGCAUAUGAAAGAGGCUACUUUGACAAAGAAAUGAACCAAAUUUUGUCCGACCCAGAUGACGACACCAAGGGCUUUUUCGAUCCCAACACACAAGAGAACCUUACCUAUCUCCAACUGAUAGAGAGGUGUGUCACAGACCCCAUCACUGGUCUGAGUCUGCUGGUUAUUGUGAAGAAAGGGGAGUUCUACUUCUUUGUUGACGAGGCCACAAAACUUAAACUGAAAUCAACAACAACCACCAAAGCAGGAGAGGAGUACCAAGGAAUGACAGUCUCGCUGUGGGAACUGCUCUACUCCAGAUACAUAACUGAGGAGAGAAGGCGAGAACUUGUGCAGCAGUACAAGUCCGGAGCUAUCACAGUCCAACGUUUCUUGGAGAUCAUCUUGAUGAUUAUUCAGCAGCAGACCACCACCACCACCUCAUCAUCAGCAGUCACAUGUCUGACUCAAGAAACAACAAUGGACAGCAGCACCAUAGAAACCACUAUCAGCACCUUAGUUACAGAGACUGCACACAUGGAAAGUUUUCAAGGAAUAAGGAAAGACGUCAGUGCUACAGAGUUGCUAAAAUCAAAAAUCAUCAGUGAAGAAAUCUACAAAGAUUUAAAUGCAGGUAAUGUCACCGUGCAGGAAGUUAGUCAAAUGCAAUCCGUCCGCAAGUACCUGGAGGGGACCAACAGCAUUGCAGGAGUAUACUUGCAGUCAACCAAGGAGAUCAUGAGCAUAUAUGAAGCCAAAUCCAGAUGCCGGCUGACCCCUGGUACAUCUCUGGUUCUGCUGGAAGCCCAAGCUGCCACUGGCUUUGUCAUUGACCCAGUCAACAACAAGAAACUUUCAGUAGAAGAAGCUGUGGCUCAGAGAGUGGUUGGCAACGAGUGGAAAAACAAACUGCUCUCAGCGGAACGAGCAGUCACAGGAUAUAGAGACCCUUACACUGAAGACACCAUAUCUUUGUUCCAGGCUCUGAAAAAAGACCUGAUAGUCAAGGAUCAUGGAAUUCGUCUCCUUGAAGCUCAAAUUGCCACAGGAGGCAUCAUCGACCCAGUAAACAGUCACAGAGUGCCUGUGCAGGUGGCAUAUGAAAGAGGCUACUUUGACGAAGAAAUUAACCAAAUUUUGUCUGACCCAGAUGACGACACCAAGGGCUUUUUUGAUCCCAACACACAAGAGAACCUUACCUAUCUCCAACUGAUAGAGAGGUGUGUCACAGACCCUGUCACUGGACUUAGCUUACUCCCCUUGUACAAGUAAAGAGCACCUUAGUCCUUGGUGCUUAAUAUCUCGUUUGAUAUCUUAAUCUGUAUUGUGGCAAGCAAUUUUUUUUUACCCAAGUCUUUCUAACGUUGAUUGGACUGUGAAUUGUUUUUUAAUUUCCUCUACUUUGACAAACUUUUUUUUUGUUCAUUUACGUUUGUGUUUUUGUGAGCUAUAGAGAACCAUAAUCGACGCAUUUACCGGCAACGUAAUUAUUUCCUUAUACGUUGAGAAAUUACUGAGUUCUAACCUGCAUUUUAUGUUUACCGAACCUGUUUUUUAUGCUGUUUGAAAAAAGUGAUCAAAUAAAUGACUUUGAGAGCUAA